CUGAGGACCUUUGCUCCUGCUGGUCCUGUUAAAAACCCAAAAGGAUGGGGGCGGCAUGUCAGUGGUCAGAAGGAGGCCUCAGGGUUCAAACAGAAGUAGAAUCUGUGAUUGAGACGAGCUGUGUUUAGUUUGACUUCAGAGGAGAAAGCAGGAAACUACACUCAACCAUGACCACGUUUGACGACAUCUUAGAGGAAGCUGGGAAUUUCGGCCGCUGUCAGAAGCGCAUCUUCGCCCUGUUCUGCAUGGUCUCCAUGCCCUGGGCCGGCGUCUACGUCGGCAUCGUGUUCCAGGGCUACACCCCGGACCACUGGUGUCGGGACUCUGCGGUGGUGGAGAGGAGGCAGGAGUGCGGCUGGAGCCUGGCACACGGUCGCAGGCUGACGCUGCCUCUGGUCAACAGCUCUGGAGAGCAGCAGCAGAGCAGCUGUGAGCAGUACGACGUGGACUGGAACGCCACGGCGCUCACCUGCGACACCGUCGAGCUGGACCUCGGGAAAACUCCCACGACCGCCUGCAAGAACGGCUGGGAGUACGACUACGAGGGGAGGCAGUCCUUUGUCACUGAGUUUGACCUGGUGUGUUCGGAUGCGUGGUUGGUGGACAUGUACCAGGCCACUCUUAACGUGGGAUUCCUGAUCGGGAGUAUCGCCAUCGGCUACCUGGCCGACAGGUUCGGCAGGAAGAUGAGCUUCCUGAUGUCCAGCCUGCUGAAUGGGAUUGCAGGAAUCCUGGUUGCCAUUGCACCAGAUUACGUCUCUUUGCUGGUGUUCAGGACGCUGUACGGGUUUGGAGUGAAAGGAGGCUGGGUGGCCGGAUACGUGCUGAUCACUGAGAUCGUCGGGGUGGAGUACAGACGCACGGUGGGCGUCCUUUAUCAGAUGUUCUUCAGUGUCGGCAUCCUCCUCCUCCCUCUUCUCGCCUACUACAUCACUGACUGGCGUUGGCUGCAGGUCGUCAUAACGAUCCCCUACAUCGUCUUUCUCUCCUACUACUGGUUUAUCCCAGAAUCUCCCAGAUGGCUUCUCUCUCAGAACAAAAAGGCGAAAGCGGUAGAGAUCACCGAGGCCAUGGCCAAAGAGAACAAGAGGACGCUGUCCAAGAACAUCGAGACUCUAGCAGAUGAUAACGCAGACUCAAACACGGCCUCCUUCAUGGACCUGAUCAGAACUCCAAACAUGAGGAAACACACGCUCAUACUCAGCUUCAACUGGUUCGUCAGCGCUGUCGUCUAUCAGGGUCUAAUCAUGAGGCUGGGCAUCCUCGGAGGAAACGUCUACAUCGACUUCCUCAUCUCCGGCCUGGUGGAGUUCCCCGCCGCCUUCCUCAUCCUCUUCACCAUCGAUCGUAUCGGCCGACGCCUUCCCUUCGCCACUGCCAACAUCGUAGCUGGAGCGUCCUGCUUCAUCACUGCCUUCAUUCCUGACAGUAUGUUCUGGUUUAAGACGGUGGUGGCCUGCAUCGGUCGGCUGGGGAUCACCAUGGCCUUUGAGAUGGUCGUGUUUGUUAACACUGAGCUCUACCCAACCUUUGUCAGGAACUUUGGAGUGUCCGUUUGUUCGACUCUCUGUGAUGUUGGAGGCAUCGUAGCUCCGUUCCUGCUCUACAGGCUGGCUGUCAUCUGGCUGGAGCUGCCACUUAUCAUCUUCGGGUCCCUUGCUUUCCUGGCCGGUGGUUUGGUGCUGCUGCUUCCUGAGACCAGAGGUGUGCCGCUGCCCGACACCAUCGAUGACAUCGAGUUCCCAAACAAAAUGAAAGAGAACGCAGAAAUGAAGAACCAACAGCUGGACAACCUGCUACCUCAAAACAACGGCAUAACGACCAACAAAGAUCCAGAAAUGGUUUAAUAUCUGUGAGAAAAGUAUUUAUUUAUUGUUUAACACUGAAGCCUGUGGAUACACAUCGGCUUUAUAUUUAAUAAUAAUAACAAUAAUAAUAAUAACAAUAAUACAUUUUAUUUAUAAGCGCUUUUCAAAAACUCAAAGACACUGUACAAAUAGUUAAAAACCGAAAGAACAGCACAGUAAGGACAGACUAACAGACAUUGCAACAUUACACACAAAUCAUAAAGAUAACAACAAUAAAGGUAAACUACAGAAAACAGAAAAUACAUCACAAUCAUACAUUAAAAGCUUGUUUAAAGAGGUGAGUUUUGAUAAGUGAUUUGAAAGUAGGAGGGUCGGUGCAGUGUUGAAUGUGUGUAGGGAGUGAGUUCCAGAGGGAGGGGGCAGCUAUGGAGAAGGCUCUGCCCCCCCCAGGUUAUUUGUUGUAUUUGUUUUUGACUGUUAGUUAGUUAGUUAGUUAGUAAACUGUUAUCUGUGUCCCUUAUUAUCAACAAUGUGUCUGGAGUGAGAUGGCUGACAUUGGGCGACUCUUACAAUGAGAGGAAUUGAGUCCAAAGUACCAAACUGAGAGAGAAAAGUGUUAAGCUUUUGUGUAUGUUUUAGGAAUUAUUUCAGAACUACAUUAUUACAUUAUUAAAGCGUUUUCUUCUACUAUA